AUGGCAACUGUCGAUGUGCUCUCCGAUGACGAGGACGAAAUGAUCGGAGCUCCUGCGGCAGCGGCCGAAGCUCCGGCAGCCGUGCAGGAGGAGCAGGAGGAGGCACCACCGCAGCUGCGCAGCGUUGUUGUCGCAAGCAUGGACCUCGGGGAUUCUUCCGACGAGGAAAUGCUGGCACCGGCGGCCAAGCCUCCUGACUCCGCACCCGCCGCGGCCGCGGAACCACCAGCCGCUGGAGCGGCUCCAGCUGCGCCGCCCAGUGCACCGGCAGAGGAGGCGCCUCCACUUCGCAGCGUUGUCGUUGCCAGCAUGGAUGUGGGCGAGUCCUCCGAUGAGGAGAUGUUGGCGCCGGCAGCGGCCAAGCCCCCACCAGCAUCACCGGCCCCUGCAGUGCAAGGAGGGGCGGCUCCGUCCAAGCUCCCUGUUGCUGACGACGACGAGGAGGAGGAAGGCUGCCUCGCUUCGCUGGCUCCCAAGGCGCCAGCUCCCACGCCGGUGGCGAAGGCUCCGGUGCCUUCGCCCGCAACUCCGAAGUCGGCAGCGAAGGCUGUGGCCAAAGCUGCACCGAAGGCCGCCGUGCCUCCUGCCGCGAAGCCUUCCCCAAAAGCAGCGGUGAAGGCAGCGACGCCUCCGCUCCCGAAGCCUUCGCCCAAACCUGCGGCGGCGAAGGAGGCAGCUGCGCCCAAGCAAGCACAGGAGGAGUCCAAGAUUCUCGAGAAGCGUCCUGCUCCCGAGGACGCAGCUGCGGCAGAAGCUGCGGCGAAGCAGCCCCGGCUGGCCGCCCCCGCAGCGAAGAAGCCUGCCGCGCCCAAGGCGGAAGCAAAAGAGAAGAAGUUGACGAAGGAAGAGAUGGAAGCAAAAGUCCUGGAGUACAUGAGGCAGCAGAACCGGCCUUACAACUCACAGAAUGUCUUCGACAACCUCCAUGGUGCCGUGCCCAAGGCCACUGUGCAGACCAUCAUGGACACGCUCUGCGUCGCGGGAAAGCUCGUCCUCAAGGAGUACGGCAAGAUCAAGGUUUACCUGGCUGCCCAGACAGCUCCUACGGCUGGCGGUGAUGAGGAGCUGGCGGCUGCCGUAGAGCAGGCGUCGGCCCAGCGGAAGGACAUCCAGGGCCAGGUGGAUGAGGUGCGGAAGUCGCUGUCGCAGCUGGAGAGCAAGCAUGCAGCUGCAAGAGAGGCCAAGGCGGCCUCAGAGGAAGUCGCCAAGCUCGAAGCUAAGGCCUCGUCGCUCCGCGCUGCCUCGGGCGAGGAGAGGGUGGACGAGCGCGAGGUCCUCGCGGUGGAAGAUUCGCUGAAGAAGGUCGCCGGCGCCUGGCGCAAGCGGAAGCGCCUGUGUGUAGACGCCCUGAAAACAUUGGGAGAGGGCAUCGGAGCAAAGCUGCAGCAACUCUUCGAACGCUACGGCGUCGACACGGACGAGGACUGCGGCCAGGAUGAGAAUGCAAGAAGAUCGGUGUCCAGUUUUACACCAAAGAGUGCUGAUGGCAGCAAGCGUGCAGCACUCCACGCUGCUUCGGCAGAUGCACUGGCAUGGCAGUUUGACAGCAGGCCGAUGUUGACAGUGUUGCCCUGGGCCCUUCUUCACGGCACUUCGGUUCUUGGUAACCGUGAGGCGGCCGGGGUGCUUUCUGAGGCCGUGGCCAGGAUCGACCUCGACCCUGGCAUCCGCUGGGGUGCGGCCGAGGCGGUGGCCGGCCUGGGCCAGGAAGCUGGCAACGCCGCCGCUCUGGAGCUGGCCAAGGCGCUCCUGCAGCGGAAGCCCGGGCAGGUGGCGUCAGACGCCUUCGUGAGAACUGGCCUCGCAGAGUCUCUCGGUCGACUCGGCCGCUGCGCGCGUGGCUCCGGCGCUGUGGCGCUCGCCCGUGCGCUUCAGGACGAUCGCGACGUUCGUGUGCGCAGGCGCUGUGCCAUGGCUCUUGGCCAAUUAGGCGGCGUCGUGGCAGGGACUCACGGUGCUGCAGCGAUCGCACGGGGUCUGAAGGUGGACAAGGACUUACCUGUCCGCUGCCGGUGCGCAGAGGCACUUGGGGCGUUCGGCCCCAUCGCGGGCGAGGACAGCACGAAAGCGCUGAUCCAGGCGCUGAGCGAAGACGCAGAGGUGGAUGUGCGAUGGCGUGCAGCUCUCUCCCUUGGCCAGCUGGGUGCCACGGCUGGGAAGGAAGGGGCUGCCGCGCUGCUGCAGGCCCGGGCGAAGGAGAAGUCCGUCCCCGUCCGCGACCACUGCGCCGGGGCGGCCGACCGGCUCGUGGCAUCCUGUCUCAAGACUCUGGAUGACAACGUCCAUCCGUACGCUCGUGGAAGAGCUGCCUGGGUGCUGGGUGCCCUAGGCGAUUUCUCACAGCCCGAGGGCAUCGAGGCCCUUGCUGCCAUUCUCCUCCGCCCGGGAGAGGACGUCUACUUGCGCCGGCGAGCUGUCGAGGCCCUGGCGGAGCAGUGUCCGAAGGCCGGGCCGUUGGCGGCGCUGGCGAUCAAGCGCGCCAUGGAGGAUCCGGAUGUCUAUGUGCAGUGGCACGCCUUCGAGACCUUCAAUGCGCUUCCGAAGCCCCUUCAGGAACGCGCCGAGGAUGCCGGCCUAGCGGAGCAGCUGCAUUCGCUGGUCCUGAAGGACGCCGAGCGGCAGCGUCAGAGCAAGAAGGCACGCGCGAGGCUGCCUUUCAUGCGCUGGGAGCCUGGCACUGCCGAGUUGGAGGAGUUCGCCGCCGAGAAGGCGCAGCAGGCGGCCGAGGCCGCAGAGGCCGAGGCCAUGGCCCGGGCCGAGGAAGAGGCGGUGCGAGCCAUCAAAGCAGCCGAAGAGGAGGCAUCCGUAGAUGCCGUAGACCGAAUCAAGCGGGACUCGACGGUUUUAAAGAUGCUGACCUCUGAUUAG